AUGAAGCCCUUCAGCAUCUUCCUAGCCCUGGCUCUCGCUUCCAGCGCAAUUGCACUUCCUCAGGCAUUUCUCCCGGUCGUUUUCCAGUCUGAUAUAUGCCAGGCGAAAUGUGCGGAAUUUUGCGGGAAUUCUGUACGUAUUAUUCCUUCUGUUCUUGACGAGAAAGUAUUGCAUGGUAAAGGGUAUGUAAAUUCUUACAAACUCUAUAAUCAUAGCUUCUUAGGUCGUCGAAGUGUGGAUCAACGGAUGGUAGUGGUAAAGAGACGGUUCAAUGUACUUGUGAUGAUGGCAGGAGCUGGGGCCCGAAGCCGAAGAUAUAGGAUGAAUAGUGCUUUUGGAAAAGUUGGGACGCCGGGCUGGCUACGGCAUGAGUAA